AUGCUCGACGCCUUACUAACCCAUCUCCGGCUGGUGAUGGGGGAAAAACGUGAGGCCGCCGAGACCGGGGGCGUCGUCCUGAACACCGCCGCGGCGGUCGGCGCGCAGAACGUCCUGCCCGGAGGGAAUACUAAAAUCACCCUCACCGACCUCCUCAUCAGCGUAAUCCAGCGCUCCAGCAACCCUGAUAUUGGCCUUUCCAUGGAUGAACUCAUUGCGGCCGCGCAGCAGUACGAUUUUGGCCCGGGCGACGUCCGAAACGCGCUGCGUCUCUUAUCCUCGGAAGGAAAGAUUUACCAGACACAUGACAAUCGGUUCAACAUCUAG